AUGAAUAGAUCUCGCAGGAAGGAAUUGCUACAGUUGGUCAAUAAGAAACGUAGUUUUCUCUCUCCCCAAAUUGGCAAGUCGAUCACCAACAAGCCUUUUCGAAGACAGAGUUGUAGAUGCACUGAAUGCGGAGGAGUGGGGCCUUUUCAAGAAAGAUAGAAUGCUCAACAUCCUCAAACCUACAUUAGAGCUCAUCAUUGUAAGAAAAGAAAACGGAGGAUGCAAAGGAGAAAAGGCACUUACCUCACUUCCACGAGUUUGAAUGUUGGAUAGUCAGAAAACAACACAAUCAUCCUCCAGAAUGCUCCCAAGCUAAGAAAGGCUAAGACCAUUUCCAUUACGAAAGAAUUACAGCAAACAAUCAGAAAAGGCAAGAGACUUUUAACCAAAGACGAUCAGCAAAUAAAAUACGAGUUUUUCUAUAACAACGAACUUAAGUUAUCGAAAGGCUUUUUAGAAAAUUCACUGAGUUCCCAAACUUACGAAGCUGCCCUCAUAUCCUUUGUCAAUUUCACCAAGUCUCCAAGCUUCGUGCUUAAUAGUUACAACAACAUAAUCAACGAAUCCAAAACGAGUUCAGACGACGAAUAACAUUAAAAACACUUACAAGACAAGCAACUCUAAUUCACAACUCCUAAAAUUAAAAUUAAAAAUAACUCCAUGCAUAGUCGAAAACUUACUGAAGGAAUGAUGCAUCCAAACAUAAACAAGACAGUCCAGUAAUUUGUUUAAUCUUGUAAAACCAUCAGAGUAUUGAAUUCUCCAAAGCCUUCAAAACAACUCAAAUUACCCUCUAUCAACUCUAAACGUGAAUAAAGCAAAUUCUCCGUUUACUUAUUGAGUUCUCCUCGAAGAGCAGUAAUGGAAUUGAAAAAUCAAAUCACUUCUUAAAAAAAAAUCAAAGUCUUAAAAAAAUGA